AUUAGUUCAUAAACAAUCGUCGCGCUUAAAAUGCUUAUUGGAUUCGAGAAAAUAUAUUAAAUGAUAAUUAAUAUAAAUGUAGGCCUACUAGGCCAUGUAGAUUCGGGUAAAACCACUUUGGCACGUGCCUUGAGCACUAUUGCAAGCACUGCGGCAUUCGAUAAAAACCCACAGUCGCAAGAACGUGGAAUUACAUUGGAUUUGGGAUUCAGUGCUGUGGUCGUUGAAGCGCCGGCAAGAUGGAAAAGCGUUUCACCGGAUGUCGACAAAGUGCAGUUCACUUUUGUGGACUGCCCUGGACAUGCAAGCCUCAUACGUACUAUAAUUGGAGGUGCACAAAUUAUUGAUUUGAUGUUGCUGGUCAUUGAUGCUCAGAAGGGAAUACAAACACAAACGGCGGAGUGCAUAGUUAUUGGCGAGUUACUGCAACGAAAAUUGAUCAUGGUUGUAAACAAAAUAGACUUAUUGGAGGAAACAACACGCGUUGUACAGUUGCAAAAACUAAAUACGAAACUGCGAAAAACGUUGGAACAGACUACAUUCGAUACUGAAAGCAGCAUUUUCAAUGUUUCGGCAGUGCAGAAAAUCAAUAUCGAGGCUCUUUUGGAAGGAAUCCUGUCACAAAUAGAGUACCCUAAUCGGAACAUAGAUACACCCUUGGUUAUGUAUACUGAUCACUGUUUCUCUAUAAAGGGCCAAGGCACUAUUUGUACCGGCACUAUAGUGCAAGGUAGUAUUGCUGUAAACGAUCUAGUCGAAAUACCAGUAAUUAAGGAGCAGCGCAAAGUGAAAUCAAUUCAAAUGUUUCAUCGUCCAGUACAAUCGGCAGCAAUGGGCGAUCGGGUAGGAAUUUGUGUGCCACAAUUUAAUGCAAAAAUGUUGGAACGUGGCAUACUAACAAGGCCAGGAUAUUUGCAUAAUAUUUAUGCAGCAUGCAUACGAGUGCAUCGAAUAAGAUUCUACAAAUUUGCAAUACGUUCUAAAAGCAAAUUGCACAUAACAAUUGGACACGACACAGUGAUGGCAAAUAUUACUUUAUUUAGAAGUGUGAUUGAUACAACAAAUGAAAAUUUCGACAUAAAUAACGAAUACGAAUUCGUUGAAGAGCUCAAACCAGCAACAAGUCCGCAAACGGAAGAUUUGAUAUUUGCUUUAUUGGAAUUUCAAACACCCAUACUGGCGGACACAAACGCCACAUUAAUUGCGGCAAAGUUGGACUUGGAUGCACAAAGUAAUUGCUGUCGUUUGGCCUUUUGGGGACGUAUGCAAUGGUACACACAUGCCAACAACUACAGUUUGGAUGUGCUGCCAAAAUUCAAAGUGUUUAAACAUAAAUUAAAGCAGGGCUUUAUACAACGACUUGUAAAUGAGAAUGAAGCCAUUGUUGAAAAUUUGUUCUCUAAACAAGGUAAUCGUGAAAUCUAUCUAGGCAAGAAAGUAGAACUGUCCACAGGGGAAAUAGGUGUUAUCGAAAGUACUUUUGGUCAAAAGUCGAAAGUGAAAGUGCAUUUCAUUCAUGGUUUUAAAACAGAUACGCUGAACGAACUAAAAGGCGGUCGUCUUAGUAGUGUAAAAGCAAUGCUGAAGUAUAAAAAAUAUAUUUUCAACAAGCAACUAUCUCUGGUCCAAUAAAAAAAUCGUA